CUGACCCCCCCCCACCGGAACUGGAGCUGGAUGCCCGGGUUUUACUGUAUUUAAAGAUUAAGAGCCGGCUCUCUUUCUCUUCAUCUCUUUAUCUUACUCUCAUUUCUUCUCGCCUCAAAUACCCUCUCCUCUAUUCCAUAGUUCCAUAGCCCCCUCUGAUCAGACCCAAACAGCAAGUAAAAACACAACCAUGGCAGCUCUCCCAGACUACUUUACCAUCACCCUUGGCGGCAGCCUCAUUACCCGAAAAAACAUCGACCCCGACGAACAGCAAAUCCACGCAGAGGUGGGCCACACCGACCCAGCCAUUUUUACUCUUAAUAACGAUGGCCUCCUCGAGUCUGGUGACUGGUACCUUGGACGAUUCCUCGUCGAGGAUCGCAGUCUGCUUCCCAAACGUGUACUUUGGCACAAGAAGGGGGGCGAGAUUGAUGUGGGCAUGAUCCAAAAGACUACGAUUGAAGAGCGAAAUGGAGAGCUUGUCAUUAGGAAUGGUGGUGCGGUUCUGGCAGUAAUUGAUGAAAAGAUCUGCGGUGAUUUGAUGAACGAAAACCCUGUUUCUGUGGAAAUUCACGAAGCAUGAGCUGUAACGGCGGCUGCGUCAGGCAGCGAUUACCCCGCCCCCUAUACGGCGAUAGCAGCCUGAAGAGCGGCCUACCACCUAUAUAGGG